AUGGCCAGGUUAUCGCUUUCUCAGGGCGAAGAGCCUUUCCCCAUUUUCCAUGACGAUUUCUUCAGCCAGUCGACCCCGAUGAUGAGCCACGCUCCGAUGCCCGCGGCGCCAAAACCCGCGCGACAACCCCUCCAGAGCGCAAAUUCGAAUGUCGUCCUCAACCCGCCCACCUCGGCGACCCCGAAGCGGUCCCCCUACAAGCCAAAUACCCGACCAACUAAUCCGUCACUCACCCCACUCAACGCGUCGCAGGGAAGCAAACUCAACAUGGUCCAGAUGAUGCCGCCCAGUAACGCGCCACCGCCCACAGAUUCGCUCGAGAAGAAGCAACCCCCCAUGUCGCGGUUCAAAACGGUCGCGAAAAAGCCUGGACCGCAGCCCGACUUCAACAUUCAGCAAUUCAUGGGCAAGGAAAAUUCGCACCCUCCGAUCUAUCCGGCUCCGGGCCCGUCGCACUUCAACCUCGACUUGGAAAACUACUACCAAAAACCCUCAGGGAAACGCGUUUUAAUGGAGGCAGCCCCGAUCAAGGAACUUCGGCCAGCAAAGAAGCAGAAAACCGACGAUACUCUUCCCCCGCACGACUCGUUCCCCCCGGUCAUCGACGAUGGAACGAAACCGAAUCACAGCUACGCGACCUUGAUCGCCAUGGCAAUUGUCCGGUCGCCGCAGCGAAGGUUGACUCUAUCCCAAAUCUACAAAUGGAUUUCCGAUACCUACUCGUAUUACCAGGGCGACAAUACCGGGUGGCAGAACAGCAUCCGGCACAAUCUUAGCCUCAACAAGAGUUUCGUCAAGCAGGAGCGACCCAAAGACGACCCGGGCAAGGGCAGCUACUGGUCAAUUGAACCAGGCACAGAGCACACGGUGCUCAAGGAGAAGCCGUCGAGGAAGUGUGCGGCACCAACAGCCGAAAACAUGCCGGUGAUGUCGACACGUCUGGAGCCCUCACAACCUCAACCGCAGCAGCGGCCGCCUUGCAUAUCCGAGCCGAUGUUGCCUCCGCAGCUUCCAAUGCCCCAGAACAUUCUUCCCGCGCUUCCACCGCCGCCGUCGUCCCAACACCUGGCUCCCGCACCACUGCUCCCGGAGAUUUCGUCCGACGCGACCAUUCCUGCGUCUGAUGCGGUCAGUAUCGACGAGAGAUGUGGCGGGCCUGCAGAGAAGGAGUUGCUACACGAUUCAGAACUCUACUCGCCUCUGCCGGCAGCCAUGCACUCGUCGCCUCCGAUCCCCAGGCGUAUGGAUGCCCACCAUAACGGGACUCCACCUUCGCACCAGCGGAUGCAGCAAUCGUCGGCCACCAAGUCACGGCACAGGCGGAGGAUUGCGUCGAUGGAUGACAGCGGUUAUAUCUCGUCUCUCGAAUCAUCGGCGGUGCGUCCCCAACAACAUGCGAAGCUCCUCACGUCCGAGGCCGACCGGCCACGGCUCAAGAGGGGGCGGGCUGAGGAAGAAAUUGCGCGUCUCCGUGCUUCCUCAUACGACAGCCCAUCCAAGGGACGUUCGUAUGGGUAUGCGCCAACUUCGUCAUCACCGAUUCGCCAGGCACCGGGAACAGGGACGGGACAGAUGCUCCCGCCCCUAACCCCUGCCACGAAACUCAAGGCGCCGCCAAAGCCCCCGGCAUCCGUUUCUCCCGGCACGAAUUUGCGUCUCCACCGCGAGAGCAUUCAGUCCAUGGUCGACUCGCCGGUCAGGCGCGUUUCGGCUUUGCUCCCUGACAGUGAACUUGCGGCACAGCAAACGCCCGGCAUGCAUGGAGACCAUCUGUGGUAUUAUCUCGAGGAGUCCGGCCACAACACAGGCUUUGACAUUUUUGAGGACGCCCAUGAUUUCCAGUCUAUCUUCGGGCUUACCCCCUCUGCCGCCCCUAUUGGUUCCCCGGCAAAGCGGUCAGUGAGGAAGCAGCGUUUGGAGCGGUCUCAGUCCACCGGUGCAUUGAACCAUGUCGUGAACCCGGGCCACAGCGUCUCCAAGUCUGCUUCCUUCCUCAGAAUCCCCAGCCAGCCGUCGAACUUGGCGCUAGAGACUCCGAGCAAGGUCUUCGAUGGCUUGCUCUCUUCGCCGAGCAAGGUCUUCGAGGAUAUGCAGUCACCGAGCAAGAUGCCCGUGAUCAGCGGCGAUAGCCUAAACGUAUUCCACGGGAUCCCGAUGGGCGAUCUUGAGGCACCAGACUACCUGGGGGAGAACGACUUUUCCGGGUUCGACAUGCUUGCUGGCUUCGAGAAGAUCGGCUCGAAUAACUCGCAGGCCUCGCGGGGUACCACCAAGGCGCCUCUCAACCGCAAUUACCCGCCGACAUUUUGA